GAGCACAGAAAACGAAAUGAAACAGUCAGCAUAACACACUGAAGGCGUCAUACACAUACAUAGAUAUCAGAGCUGUGGGCUGAAGAAAAAUCACGACAGGAAAUGCAGUGAAAGCUUGCGUCAUAUGUUGAUUUUGAACGUUUGUAAACAUAUUUCUCUGUUGGUUAGCCCACAGUCGAGCGGGAAAAUAUAAUCGUCACCACCAAUUAAUAUAGCGCGAACUAUACGCGAUCACAUUCGAUAACAUUAGCAGCAAACGAAGAUCGCAAAUAAACCAGUUAUCGUACUAUACAGUCAACCCAUCAGCCCACGCCUUGUUGAGUGGAACAGAAAAGGGUUACUGAUAAAACAAAAAGACGCUUUCGAAGAAAAAUUGUUCGGCUGCAGUUCAGUGCCACUUAAAGCUGAUUCAGAUCACAACCAUCGACGAAAGCACGAGCAGACGGGCGACUCAUGCAGAUUUCUGCGAACGAAUUGUGCGACUGAAUACACUUGACAUAAUCACCGAUUAUGAUAGCAAUUAUUAUUAAGAGCGAAACGCUCCUCGCCCUAACCGCACUAGUGGCGGUUUUGUGUGUGAACUUCUCCGCCAGCCAAUCUUCUUCGCAGUUGACCUGCCCGGGGAAAACGACCUGCCGGGAGUGCAUCCAAACGAGUAAUUGUCGCUGGUGUACGCAAGCGAACUUCAGUAAACCCCGAUGUCACGGACAUGAUAUCGGAUACUGCCCGGAGGAAUACACCGUUGACCCGAGCAAUGAAGCGAUCACAUUGAUAGCCCGAGAGCUGAGCAAACCAUCGAAGGGUGGCGUAGCAGUUGCAGGGGGUGGCUACGAGGCCGAGAUGUCCUCUAGUGGCGGUUCACACUGGUCCUCAUCGUCAUCAUCGCACUCCAGCUCAUCUCAUUCAUCGUCUGGAAGCAUGAGUGCCAGCGGGCAAAACAUUGUACAAAUCUACCCACAACGAGUGCAGCUGAAACUGAGAUUGAACGAAGUCUAUCGAUUGGGUGUAAAGUACUCUCAAGCUGAGGAUUAUCCAGUUGAUCUAUACUAUUUGAUGGAUUUAUCCAAAUCCAUGGAGGAUGAUAAGGAGAAACUAUCCACUUUAGGAGCACUAUUAGCGGAUGAAAUGCGCAGCAUUACAUCUAACUUCCGGCUUGGUUUCGGAUCCUUCGUGGACAAAGUCCUGAUGCCCUACGUAUCAACCGUGCCAAAAAAACUGAUCAACCCCUGUGACCGUUGCGAGGCCCCUUACGGCUACAAGAAUCACAUGUCGCUGAACGUGGACACGGAUCGGUUUUCCGAAGAGGUACAGCGGGCGGCCGUAUCAGGAAAUCUGGAUGCCCCGGAGGGUGGUUUCGAUGCGAUCAUGCAGGCCGUCGUAUGCCGUGAACAGAUCGGUUGGCGCGAGAAAGCCCGCCGUCUGUUGGUGUUCUCGACCGAUGCCGGAUUCCACUACGCUGGUGACGGAAAGCUGGGUGGAGUUAUUACGCCAAACGAUGGCGAAUGCCAUCUGGAUAAAACCGGACGCUAUACACAUUCAACGAUUCAGGAUUAUCCGAGCAUUUCGCAGAUCAAUCUGAAGGUGAAGCAGAACGCGAUUAAUGUGAUCUUCGCCAUUACGCAGAACGAACUGUCUGUAUACGAGCGGUUGUCUAAGCUGGUGGAGGGUUCUUCGGCGGCCAUGUUGUCCAACGAUUCGUCCAAUAUUGUGUCCUUGGUGCGCGAUGAAUACAAUAAAAUAUCCUCCUCAGUCGAGAUGAAAGACAAUCGUACGGACAGCUUGAUUGAGGUCAAAUACUACUCACGCUGUCUCGGUAAUGGACCACUGGUACAGACAAAUAAGUGCGAUGGUCUCAAAGUCGGGGAUAUCGUUCAGUUCGAGGCUCAUAUAACGCUGUUGAAGUGCCCGGAAAAUCCCAGAGAGUGGGAUCAAGUGCUGCAGAUCUAUCCUGUCGGAAUCAACGAAAGUUUAACCGUGGACAUAGAAAUGUUGUGCAGCUGUCCGUGUGAGUUACCGGGUAAUCCAGAUUAUAAGGAGUACGCCGAGGAGUGCAGUAAUGUGGGUACUUAUAAGUGUGGAGUCUGCGACUGUGACGAAUUUCACCAUGGUCACAAGUGCGAGUGCUCGGCCACGGAUAUACACACGGAGGCAGGUUUUGCUGAUGCAUGCCGGCAGACGAACACCUCGAUUGAGUGUAGUGGACGAGGACAGUGCGUUUGUGGAGUUUGCGACUGUGACAAGCGAGUAAAUCCGGAGGAGAUAAUUUCGGGAAGUUUCUGUGAGUGCGAUAAUUUCUCCUGCGACCGGCACAACGGGCUACUUUGUUCCGGACCGAAACAGGGUAUCUGCUCCUGUGGGGAAUGUAUCUGUGCGGAAGGAUGGACCGGUGCUGCCUGUGACUGCAAAGCUACCAACGAGAACUGUAUCCCACCCAACGGUGGGGAAAUUUGCUCUGGUCAUGGCACGUGUGAGUGCGGUAGCUGCAGAUGUAAAAUUACGGAUGAGGGACGAUUUUCCGGUCGUUUCUGUGAGAAAUGCCCAACCUGUUCUGGUCGUUGCAACGAGUUCAAACACUGCGUCCAGUGUCAGCAGUACCAAACUGGACCUUUAGCUGAUCCAUCGGACUGUGCCGCGAACUGUACUUUAUUUACACCAAUUCCGGUGCAAAAGGUGGAAAUCGACGAGGAAAAGGAUGACAAUAAGUGCACCUUUUUCGACGAAGAAGACUGUCGGUAUGAGUUCUCCUAUAACGAUAGUGGCGAAAAGGUUGUGGUUAAGGCACAGGAAAAACGCGAGUGUCCCCCCAAGGUCUACAUGCUGGGCAUCAUUCUGGCCGUCAUCGCAGCAGUAGUUUUGAUUGGUUUAGCGGUCCUGCUGCUGUGGAAACUAUUGACUACGAUUCACGACCGACGCGAAUUCGCAAGAUUCGAAAAAGAACGAAUGAUGGCUAAGUGGGAUACGGGCGAAAAUCCCAUCUACAAGCAAGCGACAACGACAUUCAAAAACCCAACCUACGCCGGGAAAUAAACUCGAAAGUGCCUACAAACGUUCAACAAAAUUUGAAAUCGAAAUCAUACUAUCUGGGGGUCUGCUUCUGGGGACAAACUGCCACCUGUGCAGAUCGCCAAGCACAGAGUUGCGCCAAACUAGUCUUCAUUUAUUUACUUCCAUGCUCUAUUUAUAAUAAUUAUACAUAAAACAUGGCGAAAGCCUUAAUGGGCAUGGUGUGUGGCAGUCAGUCCCCCAUUGCAGUAAAGUCACCCAGGACGUACUUUUCGUCGAAGCGAAAUGCUGUUGAUCAACAUUAAGAAUUAGGAACUAUAUGAGCCUUAGCAAAAGUGCAUUAAGCUUACUGUAAGCACGCUAAAUAUUUGAAUAUAAAGUCGAAAUUUUAGAAACAUGAAAAAAUAUAGCAUACAAUACAACAUACAAACGAACAUACUUAUAUGUACUUAUGCGAUAGAAAAAAAGCAGCAAGUUCAUAUAUAACAAAGCCAAAAUUUACUAAGCAAUAGAGCCACAAAUAUAAGUGCGGUAUUUAAUUUCUAGUAUAAGUUCGCUGCCAUUUUUCAUUUUACGUUCACAAGUUUGUUGUACUGAUUAAGAUUUUAAAGAGAGUGGAAAGAGAAGUGUAUUAGAAUUAUUUUUACACACAUACACACACAAAUUGUUAUGAUGAAAUAACAUUUUACGGAUGAUAAUCGUAUUAACCUUAACUGUAGAGGAUAAUGUGUCAAAUUUUUGUUUUGUUAGACAGUUAAUUGUAGUGAACGAGAAAACGAAACGCACACUUUUGAAACGCAGACCGGGUUAACUUAUUUUUGAGUCGUGAGUGUGUGAAACUAGUAUUUCGUUGGCUAACAAUCGAGAAAAUAACACUUACUGUAACCGUUAAUAAAUACGCGUGUUUUUUAGUUUAGAGGAAUUUUGUAAAUAAUUUUAUUUUUUUACUUUUUCAACUGUGGGUCUCCGGAAGCGAGAGAAAAAAAAUCAGAUGUAUUAACAAAUUAGUUUGGAGAAUAAUCGUAGUACAGAACUAGUGAUGGGUUCAAUGACAAAUAAAUUUAACAAAACAUAAAUAAUAAUAAUAAAAA